GACCAACUGAAUAUUGGCCCCAUACUUGUCUUGCACUUAACAUUCAUUCCAACGUCGCAGAACUUUUUCCGGACCAAUCUUUUCAUACCCAUCCUUCCACUACCAUGGUGACAACCCAGUCGCAAACGCGCAAAGAGGUCGAGGCGACAGCGCAGCCUCGAACGCGCAAAAAGGCAGUGAAAUGCAAGUUCGACGAUAGCAGCCUCGCUGACAAACCAUCCUCCAUACCACUGAACACGCUCCCAGUCGAAAUAUUGCAACUUGUUUUUGAGUCCGGACCACUCUCCUUCGACGAUUACAAAAUGGUCUCACUGGUUUGCAAGCUCUUUCAUACAAUUCUGAGGUCAUACAUUUUUCGCACAUUGGUCCUGGGCGUCGACGAAGAAGAACCCGGCCGCGAAUGGAUGAUUGAUCUUGCAGGAAAGAACAAACAACUAUCUCGAGGUUAUUACUCGAGCAUUGUUGUAUAG